UUUAGUAGCCUAAAUAUAUAUUCUAAAGUGACACGUAUUAAGAUGUUCUCGUAAUGGUUUUCUUUUAUCUAUCGUUCAUUAAAGAUACCGACACAGCAGCGAGUAAUAGGAGCCAUAUGUGAGUACUUCUUACCAUAGAAUAGCAUGGGGUGUCAGAACGGUUAUCAUAUCUUCCUUAUCGCUCCAAAUAGCUCCAGUUUGUAGUACGAUUACUGCAGGCAUAAGCUAUUUAAAUUAUUUGACCUACUCCCCCCAAAUAAUUUCUUCACAGCCAAUCAGAAGUUGGCAUAUAUUUGGUCGGUUCCUUACCUUUCGGUCAGUCAGUUGAUGUUAAGAUACUGUUAUAUGUUUACAUUACUGAGUGAGAAGUUAUUUGGACAAGGAAGUUGAAGAACUGUCUGUUAUGAGUGGAUAUAUAAUUAUAUAGUAUGAAUCAGAGUUAAACAGCAGACAGAAAAUGGCACCGUUAUAUCUUGCCUUGUGCAUGAUUUCUUUAGUGCACGGAGUACCACUGAGACUUUUCUAUUCUUAUGGCGAAAACGCCAGAAACAAUGUAACUCUAAAUGUUGGAGACGAUGUGAGUUCGGACGAAGUAACACUGAAUACACCCAUUGCAUUUUACGAAAAUUAUUACAGAAAUGUGUACAUCAACGUGAACGGACAUUUGUCAUUUGAAACGGAAUUACCCGACUACAGAGCAACAUUGGUAUUGCCUAUUGGAUUUAAAAUCAUAGCUGUCUAUCUGUCCGAUGUUGAUACUCGGGGUACUGGUAAGGUGUAUUACAGAGAAACACAGGACAAGUCAUCGUUACAGAGAGCUGCACUGGACAUUCAAACUCACUUUACAGGUCAAGAAUCGUUCGAACCAACAUCCUUGUUCAUCGUAACAUGGGAUAAAGUAGGAUACUAUAAGCAGGGUACGGAUAAAACCAACACUUUCCAACUGGUCAUUGCUUCCGAUGGACGCGAUUCGUUCGCCAUUUUUAAUUACCUUGAUAACGGUAUGGGCUGGGUUACCGGAGAUGGAAAAACAACCCCAAGUUUACCAGACGUUCCAGCGCAAGCCGGUUUUGACUCCGGCGAGCGUCAGAGGUUUGUUAAGCUGCCCAAUUCUGGAACGACAACCUCUUACGUCAAUGAUACCAACGUGAAUGUUCCUGGAUCAUGGAUGUUCCAUAUCGGAAACACUGGGGGAUCAAAUAUUGCUUCAGCUGAUCUAAACACGGGUGAGGUUGUAAUUUUCGAAGUUGACCAAGAACAAUCCUGUCUGGAGGGUGCACGACAGUGUCAUAUAAAUGCUAAAUGUGUUGAUUUUGAUUCUGGUUUCUGCUGUGAAUGUCAGAAGCCGUAUUACGGUAAUGGUAGACAAUGCUUGGAACCAGGAGUACCACAACGUCUGAACGGGAAAGUUUUUGGAACCGUCAAUGGAUAUCGACUACAGGAUUUAGAUCAGCAUACGUAUGUAGUGACAUCAGAUGGGCGAGCUUAUACUGCCAUAAGCAGAGUGCCACCAGAGUUGGGCGUUGGUCUACAAACAUUAAAUACUCUUGGUGGGGUGAUCGGUUGGAUGUUCGCUACUCAAAUCCACCCUAGUGCCAAAAAUGGGUACGCUUUUACUGGUGGCGAAUUUAACAGAACUGUAACUGUGACUUUCUUUGAUCAAAAUAACGAAAAAAAACUUCGUAUAUAUCAGUAUUUCUUUGGACAUGAUGCAUUAAAUAACAUGCGAAUGGAAAGUAGAUUGGAUGGCGUAAUUCCACAGAUUCCUAUUGAUGCAAAAGUCUCAGUUGAUGAUUACAAAGAAAAUUAUAAAAAGGUUGCUCCUGGUGUAAUCAAAUCUUUCUCUACCAGAACAUAUCGUAUUAACGAAGUAGCAUACCGCUACACAUGGGAUCAAACUAUAUAUUUCAAAGAAUGCAUGAACGAUCCCAUGAAAGACGAAGGUGAAAUUACUCAACUUUCAAUAACAAGAAGUUUUGUGGUCUACAAUGAACAGGAUCAAGUCGUAAGAUACGCUGGUUCAAACAAGGUUGGAGUAUAUGCAGGACAAGAUCCUUGUAGCAACGCAGCUCAGAACUGUGAUUCAAACGCAGACUGUAUCCCAGUUGGUGAAUCAUACCGAUGUGCCUGCCGAGUGGGCUACGGUGGGGACGGAGUUACAUGCCAAGAUGUUGACGAAUGUAGCUUUGAACUCAAUACAUGCGACGAAAAUGCUAGAUGUUUUAACGUUCCUGGCUCUUUCCAAUGCCAGUGUGAAAAUGGAUAUUUAGGAGAUGGUAUUAUUUGUCGCCCGGAUCUUGAAGAGUGUGGUGGGAGGUACUGCGAUGUUAAUGCCAUAUGCAGUGAUCGACGUGGUAGACCAAUGUGCGAAUGUAAGAGUGGCUUCGCUGGUAAUGGUAUUGAAUGUUAUCCAGUUGAAUUUGGAUGCAACGAAGCAGACAUUUGUGGUGAAAAUGCUGAAUGCAUUUUCGACAACGACGAUGGGAAAUAUCGAUGCGAAUGUAUGGACGAUUUCAGCGGAGAUGGAAUAGUUUGUGAGCCAACAAGAGGUCGCAUUGACUGUGAAAAAUGUGACUCUAACGCUCAAUGUAAUUACGAUGUUGAGCGUUUUGUCUUCAGAUGUCAAUGUAACGCUGGAUUUACCGGAAACGGAUAUUCAUGCUCCCCACUCGAUGACUGUUCCUUAUGUGAUCCGAACGCUGAUUGUUUAUUCGAUAGAACUGAGAAUAAAAAUCGUUGUUAUUGCCGGAGGGGAUUCUACGGAGAUGGAAAUCGUUGCCAACGUUAUGACUGUCAACGUCAGCAAGUGUGUGACCCUAAUGCAGAUUGUGUGAAGGACGGAGAGUUUAAUAUCUGUGAAUGUAAAAGUGGAUUUCGUGGUGAUGGAAGGCGGUGUGUCGUGGCGGAAUGCAAUAUAGUCAAUAAUUGUGAUGUGAACGCUCAAUGUAUUCCCGAUCAGAGAGACACACGUCGUUAUCUUUGUCAGUGCAACCCGGGUUACGAAGGCGAUGGCCGUGUCUGUAUUCAAAGAGUUGUUCCUUGUAACCAAGUAAACAACUGCUCACCAUAUGCCGAAUGCUUGUACAAUCCCGACAAUCUGUCGUACCGUUGUCGUUGCGGUUCUGGAUACCAGGGUGACGGAUAUCAGUGUCGUCGUCGCACAGAUCUUGUUGACUGUAACAAAAAUAGCUCCUUGUGUGACAGCAAUGCAUCUUGUCUGUUUUUAGUAGAUCAAUAUGCCUGUGUUUGUAAUGAUAAAUAUAGAGGAAAUGGUGCACGUUGUGUUCCGAUCGUUGGUAAAGGAAACUAUUUAAUUUAUGCCCAGGGCUAUAAAUUAAUGAAGACACCCCACGACUCAUCCGAAUUCACAUAUGGUGAACAGAUUGUUUCCGACCCAGAACAGUUGGCUAUUGCUGUCGAAACUGACUGUAAAACAGGUUAUCUUUAUUGGACGGAUGUUUACGGAGGUCAGAUCAAACGUUCCAAUCUUGAUGGCUCAAAUUCUCAAGUAAUUUUAGAUGGUCUAAGUUCACCGGAAGGACUCGCAGUAGAUUAUGUUUCAGGAAAUAUCUAUUAUACUGAUUCAGGUCUGGAUGUUAUUGGGGUCAGCAAGUUAGAUGGCUCUGCCAAGUCAACUCUAUUCAAACAGAAUUUAGAAAACCCAAGAUCGAUUGUUAUCGACGUUAGUCGGUCUGUCAUAUACUGGACCGACUGGAAUCGAAACGGACCUAAAAUUGAACGCGGAAGCAUGGAUGGCUCGGAAAGAAAAACCAUUGUUGAAACUGACUUAGGACUGCCUAAUGGACUAGCAAUCGAUGUAACAACCCAGCAAUUAUGUUGGGCGGAUGCCGGUGCUCGCAAAAUUGAAUGUGCAAGGUCUGACGGAGUCGGACGUCGUAUCAUCUACGAUCAGGCUCAAUAUCCUUUUGGUUUAACUUUUGUUGAUAAUGUUUUAUAUUGGACAGAUUGGGAAAAGAAACAAAUAAUCAGUUUUAAUCGCGAUACAGGUGCUAGUGGUAAUUUAAACCUUGCCCCAGGUGGUAACGGUAAACUGUAUGGUAUUACAGCUGUACGUAAUACAUGCCCUCAAAUCACUAACGCAUGUUCCUUUAAUAACGGAGGCUGUAGAUUCUUAUGUUUACCCACGCCAAGGGGCGGUAGAAAAUGUAUGUGUGCUGAUAAUGUAGAUCCCAGACGUUGUAACGAAAUAUUUAACACAAGUAAAAAGUAA